AUGUCUACCAUCGCUAUUGCUCGCAAUCCCCCUUACGAUCUUCUUCUUUUAGAGAAAGAUAGACGUAGAGAAGAAGAACUUAACCUUCUUACUAGAUUCAGCAGAUUUGAUCAGACAAUUACUUUGGACGAUAUCAAGGCUGCUUUAGGUAAACGCCACGACGAAGGCCUCCCCGUACCUGAUCGUCCCCGUGCCAUCAACAGGUUCAACUUCUUCUGCCAACAGGAAAAGGAGAAGUCUAUUGAAAAAGAAACUCUUGUCCAACUUGCUUCUUUUGACGAAGAUACUGGUAUUGGUGAAAUUGCGGGUGAGCAAACCGUUGCCAGUGGUUUGACAACUCAAAUUUUGGCAGCAAAGUACCGAAAUUUGACGGAAAUCGAAGCUGAGACGCUUGACGCCAAGGUUGUGUCGUUGAGCAUCAUCAGGAGAAUGGAAUCUCGUGUGAAUUCAGGGUUGACAAAUCCCUAA